AUGAAAAUGUUACUGUAAUGACUGAUUGAAAUGCGACAAUACUUUAUGGAAGGGCUCAAACUAUAUCACACGUGUACUAAGCUUUAAUUUCACUUUCGAACGCCCAGUAAGCUGUGUUUUGCCGUCCGAUUGUAGGUCUGAAUAUUUUGGUCAAAAUUAUUAAUUUAUGCUUCUUAGUUUAUAGGCAGGUUAGGUUUAAAGUUGCAUAAGUAUUGAAAAAAGUUCGACCAGUUAGUGCACGUGCUGACGAAUUCUGAUCUAACGUUGCUUCUAAUAUAAGGUUGGCAACGCAUAAUCUACUUCAAUAAUUGACUACUACUAGCAUUGAAUACUACUACUAGCAUUGAAUAUGGCCACUUCAACAUUAGUGUGCGGUGUUUGCAGUGAAGAAUUCGACACUUACAACCACAAACCGCUUUGCUUAACAUGCGGUCACACCUUUUGCUUCUCGUGCGUUGCAAGUUUGAUCAAAGUUGCUGAAACUAGAAACUGCCCUACAUGUAGACAACAAAUUUCGGAGCCUGCUGACAGAAUAUUGGUAAACUACGCAUUAAUACCCUCUGGUAGCCAGCCAUGUAAACGGAAGAGGCCCUACGAGUGUGAAGAAGCGUGCCCUCAUCAAGGAAAAGACCUGCACUACCUGUGUGUGGACUGCAUAGAACCCCUGUGUUUUGCGUGUACCAGGGACACCCACGCCAAACACAGAAUAGAGUUGUUGGAAGACCUCGUUCGGGCAGAUGAUAUCGACUUUAGAGACAAAAUAAGAUUGAAAUUGAAUGAAAAACUUGCAAGCAUGAACAAUAUUGUCUCUGCGUGUAAUGACACUUUGAAGUUGAUUGAGAAAAUCGUCCACCUAAAGACUGAUGUUGAAGGUUGGAGGGAUUUACUUCUUGUCAACAUAGCUUCUACAGAGAAAGAUCUCCAGGCUUGGGAUGACUUGGCAGCCAGUGCUGAUGCUAACAAAACGCAAGAAAACAAAGAAAUUAUCAGCCGUCUCAAGUUGAUGCCUGAAGGAAGUAUGAAGUUAAUGGAAAUUAAAACUCAGCUUGAUGCUGCUAGCAAGACAUGUGAUUCUUUGAAGUCACCAAUAGCUCCACACGAGCUCAUGCCGGCUGGUAGGCCUUGGACGGUGGCUGACUACGGCGAAGGCGAGCGAGCUCUCGCAAGCCUUUAUAACAAGAGGAAGCCCAGUCACCUUAUGGUGGUAUCCACCCACACAAGCCCCAUCCCGCGGCUCGGCGAGUUACUGACCCGCCUUACCGCGCACGACACCGGCGACAUCAGUUUGCUGCCUCUGGACUCCUUCUGGAGGCCGGCAGGGCAGACCGACGAAGACCUGGGGACAAUCAAUAAAGAAUUUGGUCAUCGGAUCAAUGCCGUGUACGGCUCUCCUGACCAAAUCCUGGCUCACUUGAACGCCAGAAGUCUUGAUCAUCGCGGGCUCGGCGUUCGUCUCGCCUCCGUGAAGGAUGUCGAACGCUGCGCAGAGUUGCCACCCCCGAUAUUUGAAGUUUGCUGCCUUCAAGAGGUGCCGAACAGCACUGGCACUUUCUUGAAGAGCCUUGGUUGGAACAUCGGUCGCUGGCAUUUCCCGGACCUCAGCGACGCCGACUUAGGCUGGAUGUCAAAGAUCCUGUCUAUCGUGGAUAAUAAUACCUAUCGAAAUAACUCGGUUCACUUGGUCCUACCUCGAGACCGUCUGACUAGCUAUGGCGGACAGCAGCUGCUCGAGAUCAUGAAGAAGCGGGAUGUGCAAAUAGAUAGGGUAUACUGCGAGCCGCGCUCUGAGCUUCAUACGACACGCAAUUCCAAUAAUGUUGCGAUUAUCGAGUUGUCAACUAUCAGCAUUAUUCAGUGGAUACCAAAACCUCAGAAUAGUUGAAUAUCGAACCAAGAGCAUCAAAUGGCUGUCAGUCACUGGUGGUAAUUAUUUAUAAUUACGUCAAUAAAUUGAACGGAACAUGAACCGUGAAUAUUUCUCAAUUUGACCUCUCAAAUUGUAUAGUUGUGAAAGGAUUUAUUAUUCACGGUGUAAGGGAGUACCGUUCGUUUAUUGUUUCUCUAUAAUACUAGGUUACAGGCAUUUUCAUGUUGGUUUUGAGUGAGCUCGUAAGUCACCUCUGCCAUCUACUUUUUCACACGUGUUAUCCACCAUUGAGGUACGAGUUAUUUUAUCAUUUAGUCUGUUUAUUUUUCGAUAAUUUUCUGUUCCUAUUCAGUUGUGGUAUUUAGAGGUACUCAUGAAUGUGAUUAUCAGUCUAUUAUAUGCUCGUAUUGUUUGCAUUAUAAUCAGCUUUGUUGUUCAACUGCUGUUAGUUCUGAAUUCUUGUUUAUUUAUUAACUUCAGAGAGGCUUUGAAUCUUUGGUCCAGAGUAAGAACUAGAGCAAAAAGAACACAUGUUAUAUUUUUGACUUAAAUUGUAUAUGUUAAUAGUUUGUUACUGUAGUUUUCAUUUACUUUUAUUCUUCAUUUCAUUUUAUACCAUUAUAUACCUACGACAACAUUUCUUGAGCUAAUGUGCAUCAUUUUCAGUGGUUAAACUAAUCCUCCAUUAGUAAACAUAAGGGGAACUG